UCGACAGCAUUUGCUCGAUCAUGAUGGACGGCGGUAUAUAUGCCUGUAGUGCACGCACUCCAAUACACCUCAUCCCGAUAUGACCAUAAUCUCAGAUGAUCCCACUUGGUGGCCAAUCAUCAGUUUUUGUCAUCUUUACAACUAUUUUCUAGCUGCAUGCUCUACUGUGGUAGUAUACGACUGGGCAUUAACAUUCGGACAAGAGUUCGAACUGAUCUUGGUGGGCAAAGUCCUGUAUCAGAAUCAAAUAGAAUGAUGUAGUCAACUCGGGGCAGAGCCAACGUUGGUCCUUCA